UGUCUGCUAUUUUGAACAUCACUCAUUUGGUGCUGAUCAAAGAUGUUUUAGAAGAUGCCCAUUUUAUAGAAUCGAAAUGGUUUAAUUUGGGAUUGAAGCUAAACCUACCUAUCAAUGAGUUGAAAAAUAUCGAGUCGAACCACAGUAGUGACGUUUCACGUCAUUUAAUAGAAUGUUUAAACUUGUGGUUACAAUCAGGAAAAGCUCGGCCUCAGUUAUUAGCUAAUGCCCUUGAUGAAAUUGGGUCUAAACUUGUAGCUGAUGAUGUUCGUAGAAUAUUAUUGGAUCCUGCUAGUCGAAUUUUGUUAGACAAUGAGGAUGAACUGAACCAUCUGUCAUUAUCUGAUGAGUUAGUUUCUUCAUUAUGUGAUGAAAAAUUAAUAGCGGAGGAGACAAGAGAGAUGUUAGUAAGGGACCAGAAUGUCCUGGCUGGAAAGUCUUUGAGAAGAGUUUGUCGUACAGUUGCUGAUGAUCAUGAUAAGUUGAAAGUGCUGGCUGAUGUGUUCAUGAGGUUUAAUGAAACUAGAUCACUUGGCGAGAAAUUACUUAAAUGUUACCGUACUAAACUUUCUAAAGUGGAACCAAAUGUGUCCCAAUCCAGUCAAGCAACCAAUGUACAUGUACUUGUACCCUCCUCUUCAUGGGAGCUAUCAACACAGAUACCUGAUGAUAAAUCAACAUAUUCCAGUGAAAUGCAAAGAGACCAGGCUAAUGCUACAGAAACAUAUGAAUCACAACAGGCUAUGACAUCAAAGGAAAUGGAAAUUGAUAAACGUACUAUACCAGUAGUUGAAGAAUUGUCUGAAGUUCAAAGAAGCAGUGUCAGUGAAGGCAUUAAACAAGAUCAAGUAGGAAAGGAGUCACAAGCUAGUGAAGCUACAGAAUCUUUUUCCUUCAUAUUUCCAGAAGACAAAAUCCGGGAAUAUCAAAAGGAGCUUGCUCGGCCUGGCCUAGAGGGAAAGAAUUACAUCAUAUGCGCUCCAACAGGCUCUGGAAAGACGCUUAUCGCUGCACUUAUCAUUUAUGAUCACUUGGACAAAAUGAAGGAAAGAGGAAUAAAAGGAAAGGUCUUGUUUAUUGUGAGUACGCAGCAACUCGCUCGUCAACAGAAUACAAAAUUAAGAGAGUACAUAUCUGGCAUCAAAGUGGUUGACAUAACUGGCGAAUCAGACUCUCCAAUCCAUUCAACCUUACCUCAAGUUGAUAUCAUCGUCUGCACUGCUGGAAAGCUGUGUGGGGAGUUGUGUCAUGACCUAAUUCACAUGUACGACAUCACAUUACUAGUCUUGGAUGAGUGUCAUCAUACUCGAGGAAGAGCUCCAUAUGCUGAAGUAAUGGAGCACUAUCUUACUGAUAAAAGGAAUGGACGUCGAUUGCCUCACGUGAUUGGGAUGACUGCUUCGCCAGGAGCUGGACACGGUCGGUCUCUUUUGAAAGUUAAAGUGAUAGAUCAUCAAGUGAGGCUUUGCGCUCGUAUUGAUGCAACCCAUGGUAUCAAAUGUGUUCAAGAGAACAUAACAGAAUUGAAUAAAAUCCUACCAACUCCAAGUUUCAGAAGUCAUUCGUUGCCACCUCGAAGCCGUAACGAUCAUUUCAGUCAGGUUAUAUCGAAGGCAAUGGAUGACUUGGAACAAAAGUUACCUGAUAAGACAAUUUGUGCUUUUGAUCGUUUCACGUUGGCAUAUCAGCAAUGGAUUAAAAGUGAAAUAGAAGCAGCUCAGUUAAGUGAAAUGGAUAGCCAGCGAGAUCAAAUUAAUAUCCUGAAAUUUUUGGAGGUUUAUCAUUUAGCUCUCAUUACAUAUGAAGAUUUUGAGAUUGAGAAUGCUAGAGAUAUUUUAGAUAAUGUAAAGCUGUUUGAUGAGUCUGUGAUGAAUGAUAUGGAGAAGCAUUUGAAUGAAGUACACAAUCAAGUUCUAGUCAAUGUCAAUGGUAUUAAAGGUAGUCGUAACGCAUUGUUAGAUGAAGCAGAAGUCAUACUCAUGAAUCAUUUUCGUACCAAACCUGCCUCAAAAGCUUUGUUCUUUGUUCGUUCUGUGGACCAUACUCGGUAUGUAACGCAAUGGAUUAAAAGAAAUCCUGAGCUGUCAGCAUUAGUAAGACCAUGUUCAAUCACAGGACACUCAAGGAAAGCAUCUAUGUCAAAAGCAGAACAGCUCAAAGUGAUUGGAGAGUUUCGUAGUGGAAAAUAUAACCUUCUUGCUACAACAUCUGUUCUGGAGGAAGGUUUGGAUGUCCCUGAGUGCAAUAUGGUCAUACGCUUUCAAAUAAUGUCAGAUGAAGUUGCUGAUGUUCAGGCUCAAGGUAGAGCUCGUGCUGCAGAUAGUACUUUUCAUACUAUUAUAACAACAGAUUCUCCUGUUCAUCAUCGUUUACUAAUUAACAAUGACAAAACGGAGCAAGCGAAAUUAGCAGCAGAGCACAUUUCAAAAGUAGGUGUUGAUCUAUCCACUAUAGCAAUCAUUCAAAAGGAAAUUCUUGAGUUAAGAGAAAAGAGAAUAAGAGAAGCAAAUGAGAGGAAGCAGACCUGGAGAGCUGAAGAUGUUGAGUUGCAUUGCUCUAAGUGUGCACUAAAUGCUUGCAAUGCUGCUGAGUUGUGCAAGUUUGACAAUGGUUCUGUUGUUGUACCUUCUCAAACUUUCGUAGAGACCAAAAUGAAGAAAGUUAGUAGGGGUUCAAAAAAAGUACCACCACCUGUAGGAGAAUUUUACCGACCUUUAAAAAUUGUUUGCAUUAAGUGCAAUGAGGAAUGGGGUGUGUGGGGUAUCUGGAAGAAUAGUUGCAUUCAAUAUCCUGUAUUACAAUGCAAGAAAUUUACUUUUUACAAUAAAGCGACUUUAGAACGUCAAGUCAGCAAGCAAUGGAAGUCUGUUCCGUUUGAAAUAACAUUUUUUGCUAAUUUUGAAGACAACUGAGAUUCUGCUAUUCUUAUUUUUAUUUGAAUUUUUAG